AUGUUUGCGCGGUUACUCAGUUAGAAAUCAAAAUGGCGUCCGAAGUUUGUGGUUUUCGAACGCUGUGCGUGAAAUUUAGUGACACUUCUAGUUCUUAUCAUUUUCUUUAUAUCAAAAAUCAUGCAAUAAGAGACGAAGAUACAUCAAAGCCACCAGAUAAGACGCUUUUCGUUGUGAAUAUCCCCCCAUAUUGUACAAAGGGCUCGUUAAAACGGUUAUUUAGCUGCUGUGGAGCAGUAAAGGAGGUGUUCAUUGUCAAGCAACCUGGAGCCGUAGAAAGGGAAACGGCAAGUUUAGUCAUCGCUUCAGAUAAAGUGACGAUCAAGGUUAAGACUACAUGUAAGUCCAGAANUGAAUUUAUGGCAACAUUUGAUGAGAAAAAAGAACAGAGUGAAAAAGAAGAGGCUGAAGCACAAAACCAACCUGAUGAUGAGGGCUGGGUGACUGUAGGAAGAGGUGGACGGAACCCUGCCGCACCCAGAGUGGAUGCUGCCGAGUUACAAGAAAGGAGGAAGAAGAAAAAGAAGCAGGCGUUGUUAAAUUUUUACCAGUUUCAGCAACGAGAGACAAGAAGAGAACAUAUCGCACAUUUACGAAAGAAAUUCGACGAAGACAAGAAGAAAAUUGCUGAAAUGAGGUCGGCGAGAAAAUUUCGACCAUAUUAAAUGUUUUGUAUUGCCGUUAAUUUUUAUAGGACUUCCUUGUACAUGACCACCAUUUAUCAACAAAAUAUUGAACUGAAACGUAACUUCAUUAAAGUAUGCAUAUAAUCCAG